CCUCCGGAUUAUUAUCCCACUUCCUGCCUGAUGCAAACUUGCGUUAUCAAGGUAAACAACGUCAAAUAAGUCAUUAGUCGUCCGCUCAGUCGUAAUAUAUUCAAGGCGAUUAACAGUGUUUCAGAUUCCUUCCUUUUUCGAACUGAGUGUCUGGAGGUCACUCUACACGAAAUGGCAGAUGCAAUAGAUGGUGCCCCUGAAUCAAGAGCUGAAGCUAAAGGUCAAGCUCCUGAAGGCUCCAAGAAAAAGAACAAAUCAAAAAACAAAAAGUCAGGUGGAGAUGGAGGUUCCAAAAACACUCCGAAAGAGGAAGUCGUGAAAAAACAAGAUGGUCCAAAUCAAGGCACCUCAAAAGAUGACACUGCAAAAGAAGAGGGACAGGAUGUUCCACAGAAAAGCAAAGCAGAACUUAAAGCAGAACGUAGAGCUAAACAGGAGGCACAGAGAGCUGCCAAGGCCACAAAAAAAGUUGAGGGUGCAGCAGGUCAGCAGAAGAAGGAGACGGUGCGAGUCCCGGACCAUGUAAAGGCUGACGUACCAGAAACACAGAAGAAGCUAGCUAAGAAACUAGAGAAGCAGCAAGUACCACAGAGAGCCAAUGUCCAGCGCAAGGUCCGCCUCUUCAACCAUCUGUACCAAUAUGAAAGAGAGGUCCCUCCGACGCACUCCUUACAAUUCUCAAAUGGUGGCAUCCACCCGGCUGUUGUGAAGCUCGGUGUUCAGUAUGCAGAAGGCCUUGUCAGUGGAUCUAAUGCCAGAUGUGUGGCUUUGUUAGCUGCUUUCAAAAAGGUGAUCACGGAUUACAAUACUCCCCCACAGAAGGAACUGUCCCGGGACUUGGAGAAUAAAAUCAAACCCUACAUCAGUUUCCUUGUGCAGUGUCGUCCACUGUCAGUGAGCAUGGGGAAUGCAAUCAAGUAUCUCAAAUGGAACAUCAGUCACAUGCCCAGGGAGUUGUCGGAUGCUGAGGCGAAACAACGACUGAAUGACAACAUCGACUCCUUCAUCCAUGAGAAAGUGUUGAUGGCCGGCAAGGCUAUCUCUAUGUAUGCUGGGUCCAAGAUCACAGAUGGAGAUGUGAUUGUUGUCUAUGCAUGUUCGAGUUUAAUCAGACGGGUACUUUGUGAUGCACAUCAGCAAGGGAGAAAGUUCAGGGUCAUUGUAAUUGAUGGAAGGCCCAAAAUGGAAGGGAAAGAGAUGUUGAGAAGACUGGUAAAAGCCGGCAUCCAGUGUUCCUAUGUGUUAAUCAACUCAGCCUCAUACGUCAUGCAAGAGGCAACCAAGGUCUUUCUAGGCUCCCACGCACUGCUUGCUAAUGGUUUUGUGAUGUCCCGUGUAGGGAGCUCCUUGGUGGCCUUGAUGGCUCGCUCAUGUAACGUCCCAGUCCUUGUCUGCUGUGAAACGUACAAGUUCUGUGAACGGGUUCAAACAGACUCAUUUGUAUUCAAUGAACUGGGUGACCCCAGUGACCUGGUACAGGUUGGCAGUAAAGAGCCAUACUUGUCAGACUGGAAGGAGCACAGCCAUCUGACACUGCUGAACUUAGUGUACGAUGUCACCCCACCUGAACUCAUCUCUGCUGUCAUCACCGAGCUGGGAAUGAUACCCUGCACGUCGGUGCCGGUCGUACUGCGAGUCACACAGGCACAGACUAACGAGACAUAGCUGGGACAUACUGAUUCCAUUCAGUUAUAAACCACCUUCAGAGUUGGUUCCAGGCAGUUCUAGUGUUGCUGCCACCAUCAUCCUUGAUUGUCCAAUAUGUUAUAUUCCUUUCUAUUGAGAUAAACGAUUGAAGCUGCACACCAGCAUAGCUGUCUUUAAGAUAAGGUUUUUGUAACUCCAAAAGAAAUUCCAUUCUAAUUAAGUACACUUUUCGUUCUUUACUGACAAAAUUCUGCAAAAUCAUGAACACUUGUUGUGUUCAAUCUCAUUGACAAUUGGAAGGGUGUUGUAAAAUUAGCACCACCCAUCUUGAAAACAUCAGGUUAUUACAUCACAACAGAAUGGGGAAAUAAUAGACUUGAUAAUCGAGAAUGCAAUCAGCUAACUUUUCUAUCUUCCUUUGCCCUGCCAUGUAGAUAGGUACAUAGAAAACCUUGUCAGUCUGGAACCUGUUUAUUAGUAAAUGAGUACAGGAUUAUUUCUUUGAAUGUCAACAUGUCUCCCUGUACUAUCACUGCAAUCAGUCACAACUCCAUGUUUUGCUAGGCAGUCUACAACAAUGUAUGGAGCUCACAUAGCAAACAUGUGAAUCAGGGAUGACUGUUGCGAGCAUGAAUACCCUUGCUGAAGCUAAAUUGGGUUUUUUUCAUCAAUUUGAAUUUGGAUUUCAUUUCAACAAUCAUGUAGUGGUUGUAUUUUGAGAAUGCAUAAGGAGGCUGUGUGUUUUCACAAACAUCUUCAAUCUCGAAGCAAUAUGACUAACCAACAAAACAUAAAUUCUGGGAAAUAUUAUAUAUAUAUAUAUGUUUUCUCAGUUUGCUAUAAACACACAAACAACAGCAUUCACCAAAAUAUUAAUGUCACUUCAUAUGUAACUUAGUAUUGUAAGGGACGAUUUUGAAGAUUUUGGCAGUAGAAUCUAGCAGCUUGUACACUGGUGGCAACGAUGGUAUGAGGUCAGCGAAGGUGUUGCAUGCUGGGAAGGUGUUUGAGACAUACGGCUGUACAUGAGGUCACCACAUCAUGUAUGAUCAACUUUGACAUGGGAGUUUAAGGAACUUGUCAGUGUUAAGGUAUACCCAAUGGUCAAUUGGAAGUUGCUGUGUACAUUUAACUCUAAGCAAAGCCUUUCAUUUUAUAUUACGUUGUUGGUUUACCAAAAACAUUAGUCCUAAAAUUCAAUGUAAGUGGUCAAUAUAUAACUUUGUAUUGCUUCUAGUGAAUGAAAACAAACAUGUCAUAACAUGACACCAAAAGCUGAUGUUUUUCUUUUGAUUAGCAUUAAGAUUUUCAUACAUAUGGACAAUUUCUUCAGAAAGAAGUGAUUACAUUUCUUAUUUUUCCUCUCAUCUUAUUAGAAAACAUCUGCAAAACUUUCUUGGUCAAAAGCUAUUUUACUUUACUUCUAAUUUCAGAGUUUGUUCUAUAAUUGUUUUUUAAUCAGUCAGUCUCUUAUACCAAUCGAAAGAAAAAUAAAGCUUCAGGUAGAGAUAUAUUUUAAAAGGAAUCAAACACAUCUGUAUCUCUUUCUGAUUUUAAUUUUGCUUACUCAUAUCUAAUUUCAUGAUCCUUGAUCAGUAAUAUUUUGGAACCAGAUUGAUGGAGUCAUGUAAUGUACAUUGUCUACAGCAUUAUUGUGUGAUGGGUAUUAUAUUUAGAGGGGCUUCAUGGCCAGGUGUGUAUCAAAUGAUGUGUCAUUGAUGAGAUGUUAGUUGCAGGGGUGUGAAUGUACACUGAAGACACAGCAGGUUGGAAUGUAAUGUGACUGGAUUAUGUGUGUCCAGAUCACAAUAAACCUUUUCUCUUUAACAAA